UUAUUAAAAACAUAACCAUCUAACCAACUUUCGACGAAAUAAGUUAGCUUAUUUUUCGUCUUUUCUUGAUUAUUGUAUUUAUUGUAGGUGAUUUGAAAUUUAAGAAUAUAACUUAUUAAAAUGGCUUUAGUGCUAAGAAGAUUAAUUCAAACACCUACAUUAACCAGAGGAUACCCUUUAAUUGUUGCAAAAGAAAAAAUUGAUGAGAAAUCUCAUUCAAAAACAAGAGUUCAACGAAAAAUUAUUGCUGUUCCAAAUGCACAAUACGGCGGACGGCAUGGUGUUACUAUGCUUCCAGGUGGAGGUAUUGGACCCGAAAUGAUGCAUUAUGUUCGGCAAGUGUUUAGAUUUAUUGGAGCUCCUGUAGAUUUUGAGGUUAUUGACAUUGAUCCCAAUGUGGAAGGAAAUGAUGAUUUAGAUUACGCUAUUACAUCUAUUAAGCGAAACGGUGUGGCCCUCAAAGGAAAUAUUGAAACAAAAUCAGAAGCCGCCGAUGAAGUUUCAAGAAACGUUGCUAUACGAAAUGAAUUAGAUUUAUACGUGAAUGUUAUCCAUUGCAGAUCUGUAGCAGGAAUUCCAUCUAGACACCAAAAUGUUGAUAUUGUUUUAGUACGUCAGAAUACUGAUGGCGAAUACGCUAUGUUAGAGCAUGAAAGUGUUCACGGUGUCGUCGAAAGCUUAAAAAUUUGUACUGUAGAGAAUGCCGAAAGGGUUGCACGUUUUGCUUUUGAAUUCGCAAAAACAAACGGAAGAAAAAAGGUAACAACAAUUCACAAGGCCAACAUUAUGAAACUCUCUGAUGGUUUGUUCCUCGAAUGUGCUAAGAAAGUCGCCAAAGAUUACCCAAACAUCGAACAUAAUAAUAUGAUUAUUGAUAACACUUGCAUGCAGUUGGUAUCAAAUCCACAUCAGUUUGAUGUUAUGAAUUUGACAAAUUUAUAUGGUACUAUCGUUUCUAAUGUAAUUUGUGGGCUCAUCGGUGGAGCUGGAUUAUUAUCCGGUAGAAAUUAUGGUGAUCAUUAUGCAGUUUUUGAACCUGGAACUCGUAACACAGGCACCGCCAUUGCAGGAAAAAAUAUUGCUAACCCUGUAGCAAUGUUAAAUGCUAGUGUUGAUAUGUUAUACCAUUUAGGUCAUGAUGUAUAUGCAAGGGUAAUAAGGGAAGCCAUUUAUCAUACAUUGAUUGUCGACAAAAUUCACACAAAAGACUUGGGAGGCACAGCUUCAAGCACUGAUGUUGUAAACAAUAUUCUUAAAAUUUUGUCAGAAAAGAAACUUCAUUGCGCCAAGAUGUACCUUUAAUAAAACUUCAAAUAUGGAAGAAUCAUCUUUAUCUGAUAAAAAAACAAUUUCAAAAAAAAAUGUUAUAAUACAUUCCAAACUAAUAUUCACCUGUGUACUAAUUGCAAUAAAAAAAAUUAACCAUGCAUCAUUACACUUGGCAACAAAAAAAAAAAAAAAACAAAAAAUGUGAAUUUU